CUGCCUAACCUGCAGUCUGUGCUGAAACGCGGUUCUGUCCUUCACGGCUUCCGUACACGUUCACAUGUGACAACAGAAGGUCAGUCAUGGCUGCCCGCUCCAGAGGACUCGAUAAAUUCAUCCUUUCGCUGAGGUUAUUAGGAAACGUGCAACUCCAGAAUGAACGGUUUCUAUCCACCUCUGUGUGCCGUCGUGGCCUUGGGAGUGAAGGCGACCCGCCUAAGUUCAUUCCUCCAUCCAAACCUGUCAUCAUUGAUAAAACUCAGGCUGCGGCAUCUCAGAGAAAGUUUCUGAGCCCAGAGUUCAUCCCGCCCCGGCAGAGAACAGCCCCCUUUAAGUUUUCUCUUGAGAGGAAAGACAUGAUCCGCCGGAGGAAAGUGAUCGAUAUUCCUGAAUUCUACGUUGGGAGUAUUCUAGCGGUGACCAUGGCCGAUCCCAAUGCCAGCGGGAAAACCAACCGCUUUGUGGGCAUCUGUAUCCAGAGAGGCGGGAAAGGGCUCGGGGCCACGUUUGUUUUGAGGAACAUUAUUAAUAACCAAGGUGUGGAGAUCUGCUACGAGCUGUACAACCCCCGUUUGCAGAAGAUUGAAGUGCUGAAGUUGGAGAAAAGGCUUGAUGACAAUCUGAUGUACCUGAGAGACGCUCUGCCCGAGUACAGCACCAUCGACCCAGAGAUGAAGCCCGUUCCGUUCUCGGCUACUGACGAAGUCCCGAUCAGCAAGCUGAAAGUAAAGAUGCGUCCCAGACCGUGGUCCAAACGCUGGGAGCGGCCAAAGUUCAACAUCCAGGGAAUUCGCUUUGACCUCAGCCUGACACCGUCCAAGAUGGAGGACGCCCAGAAGUGGGCGGAGCCCUGGAGGGAGUACGACAUGCUCAAGGAGUACGACACCUCCGAACUGGAGAAGCAGAUCCUCUCCGAAGUCCAACAGGAGAUAAGCAAGUGAGGGAGGUCCUGUCAAGGAAGAUCGUUGUUGCUUUUUCCAGGGACUGGAAAAUGAAGUCGGCACAGCCGAGGAACGACUGGAUGUACUUCAAUCGGGUCCUCCAGAUGCUUGACUGCUGCCUCACUGACGCAUUUAACAAGCAGCCAAUAAGGAAACUGGUGUUUAUGUUUGAGGUAUUCAUGUUUCUUGCAUAACAGUCUGCUGUACAGUAUGUGAGUCCAUCCAGUGUCCCUGGCAGGAGAUGUUGUACAGAUAUUAUGGGUUCUAUAAUAAAAAGCUCUCAAACC